AUGGCUACCUCCAUGGUGCCGAAACGGCCAUUCCUCUCAUUGCCAUUCCUUCUUCCUUCUUGGACAGAUUCCCUUGCACUCGGCUCGCGGCGCAACCAAUCUUCGUAUCGCCGAACCAAGCAACGCCUACGCGUCAAACCCGACGCCUCAUUUGGCCCGUCCCGUCAAGGCCAUGAUCAAAUCAUCUUCAACCCGCCCUCCAGUGCUCCAUCAGUCUAUCACACCCCGUCAAAAUUCUUGCCUCCUGGGGAUGCUCGAAAAACUCUGCGCGCCGAAAACGUUGCGCGCCCGGAUGCCGACAACCUUCCCGGGGUAUACAAAUCCACCGAAAAGAAAUAUCACCUGUCAACGGCGCAGAUCGAAGAAAUUCGUCAGCUCCGACUUAGUGAUCCGAUGACCUGGAGUAGACAUAAACUGGCCAAACGCUUUGAAUGCUCGCAGAUGUUCAUUGCCAUGGUGUGCGAAGCCAGCCCGGAGAAGAAGGAGAUUCAGAAGCAAGUCACUCAGGCCAUUCAAUCACGAUGGGGCCCCAAGCGACGGAUGGCCCGAGAAGACCGGCAAUUGCGGCGGGAGACUUGGGGACGAGAUGCGUAA